AUGCUGGCGGUCAAACCCAUGGUGAGGCUCGCGGCAGUCGCCGCUGUUGCUGUUGUCGCUGCGUCUACGGCCUCUGCACAGGCAGGAACUGGCUCGCUCGUCGCGUCGCCGGAGCUCGCAGCGAUUGCCGAGUGCGACCCGACGCAGCUGGACGAAGGCCAAGCCGUGCUGACGUCGAAUCAGCGGGCGGAACAGUGCGAGACGGCGCUGAACCUCACGGCUGGGACGAUGCUGCAAGUGUCGACCGCGUCGGCUACUGAGAUGUGCGACACGGCGUCCUGCCGAGCAGCACUCCAGGAGCUCUACAACGCGCUGCCGAAUUGCCGCUUCGAGCUCUGGGGACUGCAAUACUCGGCCAUGAAGCUGCUCGAGUUCUGCGGACUAACGCCCACCAAUGCGACCGUUGCGCCUCCUGCGAACGCGACCAGCGGUUUGGUUGGAUGGCGCAAUACCUCGGGACCUGCUUCGUUUGCGCCGGUGGGGGACACGGACGAUCCUGCUACGCCCAGCCCAGUGGUGGACUCAGCUGCUGCUCCGACCACUGUCGUGUCGACUGCCGUGGCGGCGACUGUGGGCUUCGUUGCCGCGUACUUGGCUUGA